GCUCUCUACCGCUGGUGCCUGCAGUCAGUCUCACCAUUGAACACGCCACGCGCAGGUUACUAUCACUAUAUAUAUGUGCCAGUCAACAACGUUUGAGCCGUCUUUUUCCUUUCACUCUGACUCAGAGUCCUCGGUUUCGUUUCAACACGUCGCUUAUACUGCCUCUUGCCGUGUUUAUUCAACAUAGGAGCUUUUUCCUGAUCUUUAUAAUCUGCUUUGGGUAAGAAAAGCGCGUUUGUUGUCCGUGUAAAGGCAGCCCAGUUUCUCAGCAAUGGCGACAGCUGCGGUAUCUGCCCCUGCUGGCGGCGGCCCGAACCCCGGAUCCGGUGCCGAGAUGGUCCGCGGUCAGGCUUUCGAUGUCGGGCCGCGCUACAGCAACCUCUCGUACAUUGGAGAAGGUGCAUACGGCAUGGUUUGCUCAGCGUAUGAUCGUGAUAAUAAAGUGCGUGUGGCGAUAAAGAAGAUCAGCCCGUUUGAGCACCAGACGUACUGUCAACGCACACUCCGUGAGAUUAAAAUCCUGCUCCGCUUCAAGCAUGAGAACAUCAUCGGCAUCAAUGACAUCAUCCGCACACCCACCAUCGACCAGAUGAAAGACGUCUACAUUGUACAGGAUCUGAUGGAGACAGACUUAUACAAGCUGUUGAAGACGCAGCACUUGAGCAAUGACCACAUCUGUUACUUCCUGUACCAGAUCUUGCGCGGUCUAAAGUACAUCCACUCGGCAAACGUUCUCCACCGAGACCUGAAGCCAUCUAACCUGUUGCUCAACACUACUUGCGACCUCAAGAUCUGUGAUUUUGGGCUCGCCCGAGUGGCCGAUCCAGACCAUGACCACACCGGCUUCCUGACGGAGUAUGUAGCCACACGUUGGUACCGUGCACCAGAGAUUAUGCUCAAUUCUAAGGGUUACACUAAGUCCAUUGAUAUAUGGUCGGUUGGUUGUAUUCUGGCUGAGAUGCUUUCGAACAGACCCAUCUUCCCUGGAAAACACUAUCUGGAUCAGCUGAACCACAUCUUAGGUAUUUUGGGCUCCCCCUCUCAGGAGGACCUCAACUGCAUCAUCAACAUUAAGGCAAGGAAUUACCUGCUGUCACUUCCUCUCCGCUGCAAAGUGCCCUGGAACCGCCUGUUUCCUAACGCAGACCCUAAAGCGUUGGACCUGUUGGAUAAGAUGUUGACCUUUAACCCUCAUAAGAGGAUUGAGGUGGAGGAGGCACUUGCUCACCCGUACCUGGAACAGUACUAUGACCCCACAGAUGAGCCUGUUGCUGAGGCUCCGUUUAAGUUCGAAAUGGAGCUGGAUGACUUGCCCAAAGAGACUUUGAAAGAGCUGAUCUUUGAAGAAACUGCACGCUUUCAAACAGCCUUCAGACCAUAGCCUAUCUCUCAGGUGUUGGUCUGGAUUCAAUCAUGCUGAUGCUUCUGUCUCCACACCACUGUGCGCUGUGGUCCUCUUUUGGUCUUCAUCGACCAUCAUCAUCAUCGUUAUCUCCUCCUUUUCCUGAACCCUAAAACUACAGACAGCCCUCUAAGUUCAUCUGACCCCUUCGGACUCCUGCGCCCUCCUGCUCUCUUCACCUCCUUUACUCUUUCAAUCUCAUUACAAUGGAAGAAAAGUGUAGAGCUUCUCUCACACUCUUCCUCUGCAUCACAUCCUUCUCUCUUCUUGCUUAUCUGUGUGAAAGUGUGCCUGCGUGUGUUUGUGGACCCAUCUCAAUUCUGAUUAACCCUUUUUCUCUUGGUCCUCUGAUACACUUAAGUAAAAAGAAACGUCUAUGAUUGUGUUAGUGUUGUGCUUCUUUUUAGCCUCCUGUUAAUAUUUCCAACAAGCUGCUUUUCUAAGGUGUCUGUAAGCCAUUUUGAAGUCCCAAGAGGUCAAACAGGGAGAGAACCAGGGCUCAGAUCUCCUCUAUUCUUAUAUAUAUGCAGUGGACACACAUUUACCCACAUUGUGCAUCGCCAAUCUCCUCAAAGUGCACAGAGCUCUAAAUUUGCCACGGUGCCAUUUUGAGGCUUUAAUAUAUUUUCUUAAAUGCAAAUAUGUAUUUACUAAUGACCCCUUAAAAUUGCUUAAAUAUUUCUUUCAUUUUUUGUAUAUUUUAACUUUUCCAAUCCCCCUUGAUGUGCCUUUAGGCAAUCUUAUCUUAUGUAACAGUAACUUAUAUGGAUAUAUCCAAAAUAAAAGUUUGUUUACAUAAUGUGUGUGUACUGUGUAUAUUUACUAUGUAUAUAUAAAAACACACACGUAUUAAUACAUGUAUUUAAGAAAUAUUUGCAUGUAUACAUGUAUAUUUAUAUACUUGCAUUUAUAUAUAAUUUAUAUUAUAUAUAAAUAUAUUUUUAUGUUUUUGUGUGUAUUUAUAUAUACAUAAUAAAUAUACACAGUACACACACAUGUAAACAAACUUAAUUUGGAUGCGAUUAAUCACAAUUAAUAGUUUAUAUAUAUAUAUAUAUAUAUAUAUAUAAACUAUUAAAACACUUUUAGAACCCCUAGAAAAGAGACUAAUCUGUUAAAUUUGCUUAAGCACCAAAGAAAAGGCCGCUUUGAAGAUGUUACGACACCACUUGUGUCCAAAAGUUGACCUAAGUCCUCACAUUACCUGCAAAAAAAAGAUAAGUUCUAUGCAGGUGAAUGUAUUUCCCAAAAUCCAGGUGUUUUUGAAUCUAAAGAUGUGUGUAGGUCCAUUUAGGAACUGGACUUUAUCGCUUAGCUAGGUUUAGAGGAACUUCUGUCACGGGACAAAGAACAAUCUUGAGUUUUUUCAGUCAUAACUGGUAAACUAAUCAAUGUUUGUUAUAAACGUACAGUGCCUGCUCAUCUGUAUUCAUUCAUUAUUUUUUUAUUUUUUUGUAUAUUUCUUUCUCUUUUUGCUUUCCCUGUCCACCCCCAGCCGCCUUGUAUCAAUAAGACUGUGCCCUUGCAUGACUGUUAAAAAGCUUUCUAUACAAAGAAAAUGGAAGUGCCACACUGCUGGGGAUUCCACUUUUGGACUCUCAGGAUUUUGUUAUAACCUUUUGUGGUCUCAUAUUUCCUAUAUAGAGUAUUACGAGUUCAAAAAGGAAAAAAAAAACUCUUUAUUUUGCUUGUACAUUUUGGUUGCACUUCUUUCAAAAUCCAGGUUCGUUUCAGUGUUUGAAGAAAAAAAUGACAAUAAUCGAGAUUAGCUUUUUAGAUGAACUAAAUCAGCCAGUUCAACCAGAACGUCAGGUUUAAUUCCACUUGGAAAUUAGAAGUCUCUAGCCAUGCAAAUGCACCUUUUAUUAAUCCAUUUCAAUCAUAAGAUAUUUUCUGCUGGUGAAUGAAUAAUGUGGUGCGUCGGGACCCAGGCGAAAUGAAAGAGAAAGAGAAAGUCUACCUGGAACUCUACGUGCUAUAAUAAUGCAUACUUUUGUGCAAUUAGUGAGCGAGAUAGCACUUGAACGUUUGUGGAAAUGGAGCUCAGUCGACGUCUAAGAUAUUAAGUUAUUGAUACUGAUGUGUGCAUGGCUUAUGCGAAGUGUUUCUUUCUCACAUUUGCUUUCUCUUUGGUUUACUAACUCCACGUUACUUUCGCCUAUAUAAGUAUCUGGCAAGGCGCCACCUAGUGGUGGUAUCAGAUGUUGGUUGAUCAAGGAGAGAAUGGGCUAUUAUCUUAUAUACAUGCAUUAGAAAUAAAAAAAAAAAUAAAAUAAAAAAAAAUGCAAAACUCUGUAAGAUAGCUUCUGCCGAAUCAGUGUGCAGCCUGUCUGUUUCUGUGUGCCUUUAUGCAUCACAAAUACAUUUAUCGUGCAGCUUUGUUUUGUUGGGGAUCAGUUGUGACUUUUUUUGCGGUAUACUCUUGAAAUUAUAUAUAUAUAUAAAUUUAUAUAUAUAUUUAAAAAAACAGUGAAAACCAAAAAAAAUCUCAAUUCUCUUUAUCUAAUUUUAAGUCCUAUUUGUCACAGUUUUUGUGAUUUUUGUGAUUCGUUUGAGGAAGUAUAAAGAAAAAUAAAUACACCUUUUAUUUCUGCCCUACCUGGUUUGAUCUUGUUGCAUUUUGCCUUCAGUUCUUGAAAGUUUUGUGCAGAACUGUUUUUAUUGUAAAAAUGAAUGUCUAGUGAUUUAUUAUUAAUCUUGUAAAAAUUGUCUCUGUGUAUUAAUCUCCUUUUUGUCAGCAAUGGCCAACUUUUGUUGUGAAUUUCACUUACAAGCUUUGAAACCCCCAGGUUUUGGACCCUUGGAUGCAAUUCAGAGGGUGUCAGUAAAGUCACUGGGGAAACUUGUGAUUACAAACAUUUAAAAAAAAAUAGAUUAAAAUCUUUUGAAUCUAUUGAAAAAAGUGGCAUUAUGUCUCAAAGGCUUGUUUUUACUGCUCAAAAAGACAGCCAACGUUCGUUACCGAUAUUGAUCUCUGCAUCUGCCAAGUCAUGUAACCUAGAAACAGCAGAAUAAAACAAAUUGUAUUAUA